AUGGAAGAAAGGCUAAGAUUUAGGAAGAAGGGUCAGUUAAGCCCUAGGUUUAUCGGUCCAUACGAAGUAAUUAAACGUGUGGGUACGAUAGUCUAUAGGCUAGCUUUACUACCAGAGCUGGAUAAGAUUCAUAAUGUAUUCUAUGUUUCGAUGCUAAGGAGAUACAGAUCAGAUCUCUCACAUGUUAUAUCAGCAGAGAAGAUUGUUAUGCACCUGGAUCUGAUAUAUGAGGAAGAACCAGUAAGGAUCUUAGCUCGGGAGAUCAAGGAAUUGAGGAACAAGCAGAUUCCAAUAGUGAAGGUGCUCUGGAGACACCAUAACAUGGAGGAAGCUACCUGGGAAAACGAAGAGAUGAUGAGGUAG